AUUACAUUACAAAAAAGUAGAACAAGCAGGGAUUUAAGUAUCAUUGACUCAUCAGAAAUUUGCUCAUUGCUUGUAUUGUUUUGUACUAAAAAGUAAACGUCAGUUAAAUGUCACUGACUGGAACGUUAAAAUAUUUCUGCAAGCAGCCAGUCAGCCAGCCAGCAGCCAGCGUACAACAAAAAAAAUUACAAAGCCGAAAAGUGCUGAAAAGUCGUGUUGUUGGCAAGUGCGAGUAUUGUCUUCAUAGAAUAGAUCAUAGGAAUAGAUCUAUUACAUAUUGACGAGUAAUCAUCUAAAUUAAAUUUUAAAACCCAGAAUAAUUUGAAGAAACAGCAAUGGCCUUACCUAUUGUUUCUAUUACUAGAAGAGAAACUUUUAGUUCAUGUCACAGAUUGCACAGCCCAUUUCUAAGUGAUGAAGAGAAUAAAAAAUUAUAUGGAAAAUGCAACAACCCUAAUGGACAUGGGCACAAUUAUGUUGUGUUGGUCACAGUAAAGGGCCCAGUGGACCCACACACCGGCAUGGUGAUGAAUGUUCAUGAUCUCAAGACAUACAUGCAUUCUGCUAUUAUGGAUCCUUUAGACCACAAAAACUUGGACCAAGAUGUGCCAUAUUUCAAAACUGUGGUAAGCACAACAGAAAAUCUUGCCAUUUUUAUUUGGGAUCAACUUCAGAAAGUUAUGGAUAAACCGCAAUUACUUCAUGAAGUAAAAAUAUUGGAGACAGAAAAGAAUCACGUAGUUUACAGAGGUGGAUCCACUUAUCCUAGAAAGAAGUUUGAUAGCUCUACCUUACAUACAAACCACAAUGUAUCUUCUGACUCAGACUGAUUAACUUAAUGACAUUUUUAUAUUGCCAAUAAUCUCGAAUUUAUUUUUAUGGACAUUAUAAAAUUAUCUUAUUAUUGACGUUUAUAAGCAAUGUACCGCAUGUUAAAAUUAAAUCAUUCCAAAACAUA